ACGGCCCAGCGCGAACCGCUGCCCGCGGAGGCGAGCUUCGUGGACGGACAGUUGGUUUGAUAAUCCGGGUUCUCCUGCGUAGAUUAUGUAUUCUGUAAAAUGGGAGCGAACAAUGGAAAACAGUAUGGAAGCGAAGGUAAAGGCAGCUCCAGCAUCUCCUCGGACAUAAGUUCCAGCACAGAUCACACACCCACCAAAGCUCCAAAGAAUGCGGCUACCACCGAAGAGAACAGCACCAGGACUCUGAGCACGCCCAGUCCGGGUCUGAUCCUGCCCUCCAAGUCCUCCUCCCUCUCCUCGCCGGCCCUCUCCAGCAACGGCCAUGAGACCAACUCCUCGUCCUCGUCUUCGGCGCCGGCCGAGACGGUGGCGGUGAUCCACCCUCAGCCCGGCAGCCACACCCGCUCCCGACAGUCCAAACCCCACCUCCUCGCCCCCAUCGACCUCCUCCCCGACCACACCCUGCUGCAGAUCCUGUCCCACCUCUCCACCAACCAGCUGUGCCGCUGCGCGCGCGUGUGUCGCCGCUGGUACAACCUGGCGUGGGACCCCCGGCUGUGGGUCAGCGUGCGGCUCACAGGGGAGCUCCUCCACGCCGACCGCGCCCUCCGGAUCCUCACCCACCGCCUGUGCCAGGACACCCCCAACGUGUGUCUGACGCUGGAGACGGUGGUGGUCAACGGCUGCAAGAGGCUGACCGACCGCGGGCUGCACGCGCUGGCCCAGUGCUGCCCCGAGCUGCGCCGCCUGGAGGUCGGCGGGUGCUACAACAUCUCCAACGGGGCGGUGUUCGAGGUGGUGUCUCGCUGCCCCAACCUGGAGCACCUGAACCUCUCAGGAUGCUCCAAGGUGACCUGCAUCAGCCUCACCCAGGAGGCGUCGCUGCAGCUCUCGCCGCUGCACGGCCAGCAGAUCUCCAUCCACUACCUGGACAUGACCGACUGCUUCUCCCUGGAGGACGAGGGUUUGCGAACUAUCGCGGCGCACUGCCCCCGCCUCACUCACCUGUACCUGCGGCGCUGCGUCCGGCUGACGGACGAGGCUCUGCGCCACCUGGCUCUGUACUGCUCCUCCAUCCGGGAGCUGAGCCUCAGCGACUGCCGCCUGGUAGGCGACUUCGGCCUGCGCGAGGUGGCCCGCCUGGAGGGCUGCCUGCGCUACCUGAGCGUGGCCCACUGCACCCGCAUCACGGACGUGGGCGUGCGCUACGUGGCCCGCUACUGUCCCAGACUGCGCUACUUAAACGCCCGCGGCUGCGAGGGGCUGACGGAUCACGGUCUGGGCCACCUGGCCAGGAGCUGCCCCAAACUGAAGUCUCUGGACGUGGGCAAGUGCCCGCUGGUGUCGGACAGCGGGCUGGAGCAGCUGGCCAUGUACUGCCAGGGCCUGCGGCGGGUCAGCCUGCGGGCCUGCGAGAGCGUGAGCGGCCGAGGACUCAAAGCUCUGGCGGCCAACUGCUGCGAGCUGCAGCUCCUCAACGUGCAGGACUGCGAGGUGUCGCCGGAGGCCCUGCGCUUCGUCAGGCGCCACUGCCGGCGCUGCGUCAUCGAGCACACCAACCCGGCUUUCUACUGAGCGGGACGGCUCCUCCGACAAGUGAUGGAUUCCCGAUAGAGGUCAAAACCUGGAGUGCAAUACUGGCGACGAUCCACUAGGGGGCGGCACAUGCUGCCUUUGAGCGUACUUCAGAAUGUAUUUGACUGUUGAUCUGUGAAAAGGUUCAGUAUUUCUUCACCUUCAGCGUCCCGCUACAACACUGAUCAGCGGCUACAGCCGCGUUAGCGUCCAAAGUACCUGUAAUAUAUACACACAUAUAUCUAUUUUUCUAAAAGUUCUCAUCACCUUAAGGCCCUAUUAUCACUAUCCUGCAUUACUCCAACUAUUUAUAACCAGUUUUGUGAGAGCGCAGCAAGGAUGCGAUCCGCUCAAACGUGCGCAUGUGCACUUUACUGUCACGCCGCCGCCGCCGCCAAAGAGAACCCGAAGGAGCUUGGAACGGGAUCAUUGUUGGAAAUAAACAGGAACAUGUUGCUGCUAAA